UAUCUCUAUCCAUCUAUCUAUCUAAAGUUAUCCAGUAUCUAUAUCAAUCAAUCAAUUUAUCUAUCUAUCAUGUCUAUCUAUCCAUCCUUCUCUCUAUCAUCUAUCCAUCUAUCUAUAGUUAUCUAUCAAUCAAUCAAUAUAUCUAUCAUGUCUUUCUAUCUAUCCAUCCAUCUAUCAUCUAUCUAUCUCUAUUGUGGGUGGAAAGCCAACAUAGUUUUGAGCUGCAAGGGGUAUAGGUAGGCCCUACUACUUUUUUUUGGGGGGGGGGGGCCGGGGGUAUUUGAGAACUCAUCGAUCGAUUCCAAGAUGGCAGCGCAGGUGUUGAACAAACGUGCCUCAUUUCUCGUGAUAGCUAGAUGUUUCCAUCGCCAGGAGACGCUUGCUCAUCCAUUGCACACAGUAAAGCUAUACAGCACACAUAUCUGUAGACACAGAAUUCAGAGACUACACAGAGUAGUAGGGUGUAAUACAUCAUCUCUGAUAGCUGGAAGGAGACUUGGUAUAGUCUCAAUACCAGACCUAGUUACAGGGAGAAGAUGGAACAGUACAGAGACAGUUGUCACAGAAUCUCUAACUCAGCUUGGAAGUACAGCUGGUUUAGAGAAGAUUACUGAUCCAGCCUCUGUUGGAUCUAUAGCAAGCACAGCGCAAGAUAUCCUUCAGCCUGUUGGUGAAGUACCUUUCAGUGAGCUAGGUCUAGGAGGCUAUACACCUAUUGGUUUACUUCAGUCAGGAUUAGAAAUGUUACAUGUAUCAGCUGGUCUGCCAUGGUGGGCUUCUAUAAUAGUAGGAACUCUAAUAGUGAGAACAUGUGUAUUCCCACUCAUGUUAAGGAAUCAGAAAUAUACUAUCAGACUCAAUAACUGUAUGCCAACUUUCCAGAGGUUAUCAAAGGAGAUGAAUGAUGCAAAAGCCUGUGGAGAUCAGUUUGAGAUGACAAGAAAGAGUAUGGAAUUGCAGCAAUUCAUGAAGAAGAAUGAUGUAAAUCCUCUCAAGAGUUUUGCUGGUAUCCUUCUUCAGGCACCCAUCUUUAUUUCUUUCUUCAUUGGAUUACGUCGAAUGGCAACCCUCCCUGUGGAGAGCAUGCAGACAGGAGGUCUAUGGUGGUUUACCGAUCUAACCACAAGCGAUCCAUACUAUGCACUACCAGUCAUUGCGAGUCUGUCAAUGUUUGUUGUCAUGGAGCUAGGAGGAGAGGCUGGUGUAAGUAAUGCUCAAGCUCAGAAGAUGAGGAAUGUUCUUAGAGUGAUGCCUUUUGUCAUCCUUCCUUUCAUUGCUUCACUUCCAAAGGCGGUCUUUUGUUACUGGUUGACGUCCAACCUCUUCUCAGUAUUUCAAGUUGGUCUCUUGAGGUUGCCAGCAGUAAGACAAGCCCUUGACAUCCCAGAGAAGAUUCAACAUGAUCCAAAGGAUCUACCAAAGAAAGAGGGAUUCUUCAAAGGAAUAAAAAAAGGUUUUGAGAAUGCUCAGACAAACUACGAUGUAGAGCAAAAUCAGAAGCUACAUCUGAAGAAGCUGAAGGAAGCAGGAACUGGCCCUGUACCCCAGACAUUCACCUUUGACCCCACUAGGCAGCAAUCAAGCUCCAGUCACCAAGCACCUCCCAAACAGAUUAGAAAGAAAGUACGAUGAGGAAAUACUCUGCUGAAUCUAAACAGAUUCAAACGAUUGGACUAUGAACUUUUUUUAUGAGAGAAUAGUUAUUUACCAGACAUCAGUGAUUCAUGGAGUAAAGGGUUGCUGAGAUGCUAUUAUUUCGCUCUUGUGCUAAGUACAUCAGAACGAUCAAUCUUUUAGCCCUUUACAGAUAUAUCCUGACCCCCGUCAUUGGAUUCUGGCUUACCCGCAUUUUAUGUGCACAUUCUCCACUCCUGGGGAGUAUUCUAGCAAGAGCUUAUAAGCUGAAAUGGCUAGUCCUACUAUAUUGGCAUUUGCAUUUUAUGACCAAAUCUUUCCAAAGCUAUUUAGCCAUUAGUUUUGCAAUACUUGAUCCCCUACUUUUUCAUACUUUGUGAUCUUUUAUUAAUAAAUACCAUUAAUAUGUUGAAGAUACAUUGUUAAGAUAAUUGUUAAGGAGAAGGAAGUUUUCUGAUCAUCCUGGUUCUUUGUUUAUGAAGAAAAUUGUAUUGCUAUAGUCAAGUAAAUGGGUUUAUUUCCAUUUGGCUAAUACCAAUUGGUUUAAUGAUCAACUCGUCUACUAGUAUUUGGUCUACCAUCAGUUUGUCUACUAUCCGUAUGGUCUAAUUGCCAUUUCGUCCACUCAACAUUUCAUUCAAUAACCAGUUGGUCCAAUAGCCAUUUAGUCCAUAUACCAUUUGGUCUAAUUGGAUGUGUUAAUUGGGUGAAAUGAUUGAAAAAAAAUUGGCAUUAGACCAAGUAGUUAUGAGCUAAAAUGUUCGUAGAUGAACUGGUGAUUAGACGAAGUGAUUAUUGGACCGAAUGGCAUUCAAUGUGAUGAGUAGACGAGUUGACAGUAGACAAAUUGGCAAUUUACCAGUAAAUGGCCAACAUAAACACAUGCAGCUUUGAAUAAAGUCAAGCAUGAUUCACUCAAUUCUACUUUACUAUGUGGAAAAGAAAAUUGGGGGGGGGGGCACCACCAAUCAAAAAAAUCAUGAGUAUUAGAUGAUAACCAUUGAUUAAUGCAAAUACGCCCAUUUCAUUAUCUAAAUAUUGAAAAUUUUGUGAAAACAACUAUCCUGAUUGCCUAAUUUUUAAAUGAUGCUUUUGUUUCUCAAUACUUGAAUGAUUAUCUCCAACUCUCUCAAAUUCAUGGGAGUGUUUCACAAAGCCUAUUUCCAUAUAACUGUUAUAAGCUAUUGAAAUGCUUGUAUGUGAUUGGCUGAGUGCAAUGAGCCACUUUAAAUCAGUGAGAAUAUAUUUUAUAAAUGCUUCAUUCAACAUUAACACCAAAAUCAAUUUCCCUACAGAAUUAUUCAUCAGGUAUUUCAAUUCCCUAAAUAGAGAAAUCAUUUUUCAUGUCUGGUAAACUUCAAGAUGUACAUGUAUGGAUUGAAAGUCUUGCAAAAAUAAGUGAUAUUAAAAUGAAGUGAUAUUUAAGAA